UUGGGCACAGCAGUGUUUUAUAAUCGCCUCCUCGGUGGGGAUGAAAUUUAACAGAAGUAAAGGGAAUUGUAAUUAAGAAGACAUUGCUUUUCUGUAAAGUGACCAUGCCUCGCUUCCCGCUUGUCCUAUGCGUGCUUGUGCUCGGACUCAUCUGCCUGUCAGGUGCUGAAGAGAGCCAAGCUGAGUCCAGGGAAAAGCGGGACAUGCCAAACUGGGCGCUGACCUCCUCAGACUUUUUCGGCUGGAUCGAAGAGCUGCGCAGUCAUGCUGGCUAUGACAAAAUCGACGAGCUGGCAAAAACCUUCUGGGCUCAUUUUCCCUCGGCUAGUCGUUUGGGCUACGAUUCCCCGGCUCCUGAAGAAUGAUGACGUGUGUGAUGUUUUUUUCUGUGCAACAACACUAAUGCGGUCUAAACUGCUACCGCUUUUCAGAAAUUCCUGCCUAUUUUGAAGUUCCAUUAAUGAUUGUCAAAAUGUCUU